AGAGAGAGAGAGAGAGAGAGAGAGAGAGAGCGCAUCGUCAAAACACUGGCAUACAGCUUCGUCUGCCCGGAUAUCGAAAGAGGACAACAGGGAAUUUAGAGGUUAAAUUAAAAACAACAGCAAGAGAGAACAGGGAGGCUGUGCGCCAAGGAGCCAAGGAGAAACCAGAAUCCAUCCCUGCACAAUCAGCAGUGGUAGUAGAAGCGGGAGCAGAUUCGAGAAGAUUUUCCGUGUCGGUUGCCCGGUGCUCCACACACCCCUGUGCCUUUAGACCAGCAGCGGGAGGAGGGGAGGACCAGAGAGGAGGCUGUGCAGAAAGGAGGAGGACCAUGGAGGGGAUGCAGGCAUACGGAGCCGGGAAAGCCGGAGGAGCCUUCGACCCCGUCACCUUCUUCCAGCAGCCUCAGACCAUUCUCCGCAUAGUGUCUUGGCUCUUCUCCAUCGUGAUCUUCGGCUGCAUCGCCAACGAGGGCUACAUCAACCGCCCCAACGAAGUGGAGGAGUACUGCAUCUUCAACCGCAACCAGAACGCCUGUAAUUAUGGCGUCUUUAUGGGCUCCAUGGCCUUCCUCUGCUGCAUGGCCUUCCUAGCUCUGGACGUCUACUUCCCCCAGAUCAGCAGCGUCAAGGAUCGUAAGAAGGCCGUGCUGGCUGAUGUCGGAUUGUCAGCGUUCUGGUCCUUCAUGUGGUUUGUGGGAUUCUGUUUCCUGGCAAACCAGUGGCGGAUGACCAAACUUGAGGACAACCCACUGAAGGAGGGAGGAGACGCUGCCCGGGCAGCCAUCACUUUCUCCUUCUUCUCCAUAUUCACCUGGGCGGGCCAGUCCUUCCUGGGCUUCCAGAGGUACAAGUUGGGGGCCGACUCAGCCCUCUUCUCCCAGGAAUACACAGACCCGAGCCAGGACGUAGCCGGAGCCCCUUACACCUCCUUCGGUGGGGAUGAUCUGGAGAGCCCAGGAGGAGGAGCAGUGGGCCAGGCUAACAGCGAUGGGGCCUUCGAUGGCACCGGAGGCUACCAGCGUCAGGACUACUGAGAUAUUUGGGGUAUAUAUAUUAGGGGGGAAGGAUAUGGGUGGAGUUGCCCAUAGUUCCUAAUUUAAAGCAGGGUUUGUAUAGUUUCUAUCACACUGGGUCAAUAUAGCAUCAAUGCAAUACCAGUACCGAUAGGGUUGUUUGGGCCCAGUGUUGUACACAGCAAGCUUGAGUUUUAUCUUAAAACUGUCACAAAUCUGUUGUAAAGUGCAUAAAACAAUGUGCAUAUGACAUUCAAAACUGCAAAGGAUACAUAUAUUAUUAACAUUCAGUAGCAAACAGUGAGAUGUAGGUUUAAAAAGAGCUGGAGUAGAUUAUAACAAUUUGCAACCAUACCAUAUUAUAGUUUGUGUAAAUAACCCAACAGUACAGUAAUAUGAAGAAAGAAAAUAACACUCAAGCUGUGUUAGAACAAUUUUCUAUCCGGGUACUGGGUAAAGUUAAGACAAUAUUGCUUUGGUGCUAUCUUGAACCAUAUUGGGUCAGUUUUGACAUAGUGAUUUUUUUGAGUAUACAUGCAACAAUUAAUGCAUUUAGCUGGCGGAAGAAGUUGUUGGAUUUUAUACUUGUGACAUUUCAGUUAUUGGACUAAUUUCCAUUAAAUGCAGAGUUUAUCUCUAGGUCAGAAAUUGUGGGCAACUUUCCAGAUUUUGAGACAAGAUGUCAAUUAGGCGUUGAGUCCACAGUAGAUGAACAGCGAGGGGUUCAGGACAUACAUGGGAAGGGGUUAUGGGAUGCAGAGAGACACUGGGUGGGGUUAAACAUUUCCGAAACAGUUUAGUGGGAAGGCAACAUGGGUUUGAGAAGAAUUGGGAGGUCAAGGGUUUGUAGAAACGGUCACUCUGUAGCAGAUCAAUGCUCGUGACCAUAUGGCCUUCAUCCUCUGAGGUCUGCUGUCAGUCUGCCAAAUAACUGCGAUCAGUGUUAGUUGAAACGCACACACACACGCACACACACACACACAAGACAAACACACAAGCACGCAGCAUAAAGAUUUUUAACAGACAACACAUGAUUCUGCUGAUGAAACUCCUAGAGGUGCAUAACAGGAUCUCAGUAUAGACAAACAAGCAACAGUGGCAUAUCUGGCAACUAAUCCCCUCAACUGUAACAGGAGUGUGUUUGUGCAUGGGUUGAAAGGUCUCCAUUGUUUGUUUUUUUAUUUUUUUUAUGUGUGGAUGUGAGACAGUGUGUGUGUUUUCUCGUUACCCUGAAGAACCCCCUUUUUCUUUCCUCGAUUGUUGCCUUAGUGCUGACUGCCAAGCAAACUCCAACGAACACAGGGCAACAUACACCCAACAUGCACAGUAUCACAGUUCUCCUUCAGCAUCUUUAGAGCAAAAAUAUAGCUAAUUCAAUUGUGUCUUGCUUUUUAUCUUAAGCACAUAAAAACUCUGAACAAAAUAAGCAUUUGUCAUCAUUAUCUCAUCCCAAAUGAUACAAAAAAAUAGUUUCAUACCAGCAGGCCUACAAACAAAACAAACUUGAAGAACUACAGGUUAGUUAUCUAUUGUGUUUUCCUCUUUAUUCCAACAAAAUCUACAGAUGAGGCAACCAUGAACACCAUGAGUAUUUAUGAACAUGCAUUGCUCAAUUUUCUUAAAAAAUAAAGUAUAUCUAUCUCUCUAUAAAUAUAUGUAAAUCUAUAAUUCAGUAUAUUAGAGUGUUUGAAAAACUAUGCUUUAUUUUAGGGCAUUAUGCUAGUUCUGUAUAAAAAAGAAAAGACAAAAGAAAGAAGAUCUAUGUUCUGUUGAGUGUUAUUGUGAUAAGAUAUAUGGUGAGGUCAUCCAUGCUUCAUAUGCUAUGUUGCUUUCAGGGUAGGGAGAUGUUUUUAUUUUGGGAUAAUAAUACUAUAAAAAAAAAUACAGCAACAAAAAAUGUGACCAAAUUAUCAAAGUAUAUAUGCACAUAUACUUUAUACUGUACGACCAUGUAGACGUAUAAAUAUGUGAUGUUCCUUUGUGAAAUCUGUUUAAAAAAAAAAGCAAAGUUAGAUUUAAGGAAAAGAUUGUGUACAAAUGUAGGUUUUUGUUGUGUUUGAUUUUAACCGAUAAAAAUAAAGAAAGUACCGAUAAAGAUA